AUGGAGCAGGUUUUACACCUUGUUCUUUUCAUUUUAUCUACACUAUGUCCGGUAAAUGAUGGAAAUCAUUUUCGUGGUGGUAUUAUUUCAUGGCGUCCGUUAAACAAUACAGUACAGGGUAGUACUGCACAAAUCCAAAUACAUCAAAGGUAUUUUUGGAAUCGAACAUGGUUUAGUACCCCUUACUGCACGGAAGCAAAUGUUGUUGCUCAAACAGUUAUUCCAGUCGGUUCUUAUAUGACCUGUUUAGCAAACUGUUCAAGUUCUACCUAUACUCAAAUUACAACUAAUAUGGUAACUACAGAUUGUGAUUUAAACCCGAUCAUUGAUUCAUGGGCUGGUGAAUACUACUACACUGAAACAUUGCCUUUGACAACAUCAAUUACAAUUGGCUUUCCCUCAAGUGCAUGGUUUCUUGCUCUCUAUAUUGGCAGUGGUGGUAAUUGGGCAAUUGUCAAUCGAAUGAAUCUAGCCUCGAGACCUGAUGGUUAUAUUAAUUCCAGUCCUGUUACAACUACAUUACCAGUAGUAUUUUAUCCAAGGGGUACACGAGUAACUCAUGUUGUACAAAUGGCAGAUAAUGAUGCUACUGAUUAUUUGGUAUGUCGUUGGUCCAAUAAAAAUAUUACAACCAACUACAAUCGUGUUGAUGAAUGUGGAGGUGUCUGUAGUGGACUACCCACUGGAACCAUACUCACUGGAACCAAUUGUACUUUGAGUUUUACUCUACCAACUGCUAAAAUCUAUUAUGGUUGUGCACUGCAAAUCGAAGAUUUUUUUAGCUCUACUUAUACGACUCCAAUGAGCUCAGUUCCAAUACAAUUUUUAUUCUAUGCAUACAAUGUUUCCGCUGGUGCAUGCGCAACUGCUCCUGCAAUUAUUGGUGUUCGUCCAAAUAGAGGUAUUCAGCUCACUGAAACCAUAGAGAUACAAACAUACUGUCCUGGCCAAACAAUCGUUGAUCUUGUCACUAGUUCACCUAUUGGAAUGACACAUAGUGCUAUUAGCAAUCCAAGUCCUAAUUUAUGGAUAAUGACAUUAACAUGGACACCCAUAGCAUCACAAGCUGGCCCUCAAGGUUUUUGUGCUGGUGCAAUUGACAAUAGUAGUCUACAAUCAGCUCCAUGGUGUCUUACGUACCUAGUUGACUAUACAUCACCAAAUUUAAUUCUUCCUCAAGUAGUACAAGGAUCAGCAAGUCCAAUAGCAACAAGUGCAGUUGGUCGUCCUUCUCGUAAUGGAACAAACGUCUGUUUUCACUUGGACACUACAAAUGCAUCAGUUCUAUGUUAUGAUGCUGGAUAUUCUCCAAAUGUUAUUUAUACUGGAUAUACAAUUGUAAUUGUUGCAGAUUUUACAUGGACACCUGGCCAAUCCUAUUAUGUAACAAUGGACAGUGGAUUUGCUAGUGGAAGUGUAUUCUGUCAUGCUGAAUCGGCACCCAUCACUGAUAAAACAUUUUGGCGAUUCGAUAUCUGGAAUCCAGCACUUUCAAGUACAACCACAACAACUACCACUCCACCAACAACUCAUACAGUUACAAGCCUAGGAACAACCACUACUUCAAUCAAUACUGCAUGUACAACAAGUGGAAUAGUAGUAACUAGUACGAAUGCUUCAACAACUACAACAACUGCCAGUACCACACCUCCAACGACAGCUGCUCCAACAACAGCAGGCCCGACUACCACAGGUGCAACAACUGAAUCAACUAUUCCUGUUUUUUAUCCACUAGAUUUCGAAAAUGCAUGUAAACAACCAGUGGCAAUUAUGUCAGCUGUUACGAUGAUUGCUUUUAUGCCUUUACAGGCUCUGGCAAUGUAUGCUGCUUUCACUAAGUUCACGAAUAUGUUCAAACCAUCAAACAUUGCUGCAAAAGCAAGACAUCAACAACGAAUGAAAAAUAUUCUUCGACGAUAA